AUGGUGCACGUAGCAGGAACCAAGGUUCGAGUUGUCAAAAAGAAGAUCACGAAAUUCAAGAGACAUGAAUCGGACAGGUAUAUAUAUAUUUAGUCCAGCGUUUACUCAAUUUAUUUUUUAGAUACAAUCGUCUUAAGCCCAACUGGCGCAAACCAAAAGGUAUUGAUAACCGAGUUCGUCGACGCUUCCGUGGUAUGCGAGCGAUGCCUACCAUCGGUUUUGGAUCCGACAAACGCACCAGACAUGUGCUUCCCAGUGGAUUCAAGAAAGUACUCGUGAAAAACGUCAAGGUCAGUAUGAUUUAAAUGUUUAUAAAAGACGGCUUAAAUUUGUGUGUGCUGUUUUUACAAAAAAAUUUAGUCAAAUUUCAGGAAUAUUUUUGACCUAUUAUAUCCUAGAGGGAAACAUGAAAACGUAAAAAAAUUUAUAAAUAUGUAUUGAAUUUCAUUUUUUUAUUUUUCGAAAUAGGCGACUUAAGCCUCAAAAAUACUUAUUCUACAUGUUCGGUGAAGUAGGAAAAAAAUUCCUAAAUGUUAUAUUUUUUUGUAGAAAAUGUUUAACGUGAUACAAUAUCGAGUUUAUCAUUCGGCCAUGCUUUCUAACUCAAAACUUCAAAACAGCUUUUUUGAAUGUUUCAGGACCUCGACAUGCUUUUGAUGCAGUCCUACAAAUACAUUGGAGAGGUUGGCCACGCCGUCUCCGCCAAGACCCGCAAACUCAUCGUUGAAAGAGCUGCUCAGCUUAAUAUCAAGUUGACAAACGGGCAUGCUCGUCUUCGCACCGAAGAGUCUGAGUGA